AUGUCAUCUUCUUCUGAGAGUGGAGUAUCCGACACGAUAGACCCUAUGGCCAUAGUCUCGGAUGAUGAGAUAGCCACAAACCCUGAGGUUUUUACAUCUGACACCACGAGUGACGACGAUGAUGAUUUUCAGCCGUUCGCUUUACCAGAUUUUGGAGAUGAUAUACCUAUAGCUGAUGGUUUUCCUGACGGGGAUCUACUUCUUGUUCCGAUCCCUGCUCCUUUUCCUCUUGCUGCAUUUCCUCUUGAGGAUCUGCCUCUUGAUGCUAUGUCCAACGAUGACAUCGAUCUUUUCAUUGAUGGUCCCCUGAGGUCUGGUCCCGAUUCGUUUGAGUCUGUGUCAUCUUCUACACUGCAUACACUGGGAUUACAGUGUUAUCCUACUGACUCUGACUCUGACACUGCUAUGUCAGCUGCACCUGUUCCUCCACAGGAUUUCGAGUUUGAGGACGAGUUUGACCCUGUCUUUCCACACGACUUUGAUCCUGACCAUGAGAUUGAGUUUGUCCCUGACGAGCAGCCUUUUGAGGCACCUGUUGAUCCUGAUGUGGAUCCUGAGCAUGAGGUCGAUUUCGUUCCUAAUGAUCAGUUCUUUGAUGUACCUACUGAUCUUGAGUUUGCUCCAGCUGACCCUGAGCCUGAGAUUGCACCAGAGCCUAUAUCUGCUCACGACCCUUUGCCCGAGCAUGAUCCUGCCCCUGUUGAUAUUCCAGUUGUUGCACCACCUUUGCCUGACCCGAUCCCUGUACUUGUUGAUCGUGCGCCUUUUGUAGCCCAGGUUGACCCCAGAUAUGCUCACACCCGCAAUGGGUGGAUCGGACGACGACGACUUUCCUCCUUUUGUUAG